CAUAUUUCUUCCAACUCAUAAAGUUCCUCUCUGAUACUGCUUCCUUACUAGAAAUUAGCAUUUGCAGAACUUGUCCAAAUUCAAAAUCUGCACGUUCCAUUCCUAUUCAAUUAAAUUAACUUUGCUCUCAUGAUAACUCUAGAAUGGCGGACGAUUCAAUUAACCCUUCGCCGGAGAUUAAUUUGUUUGACAAAUAUGAGUUAGGAAAGCUUCUAGGUGUUGGAGCCUUCGCUAAAGUUUAUCAUGCCAGAAAUGUCCGUACAGGCCAGAGCGUCGCCAUUAAAGCAGUCAGCAAACAGAAGGUUUUGAAAGGUGGAUUUAUGGCGCAUGUUAAAAGAGAGAUCUCUAUCAUGCGCCGGUUGCGUCACCCUCACGUGGUGAAGCUUUUAGAGGUUUUGGCCACCAAAAGUAAGAUCUUUUUUGUUAUGGAGUUUGCUAAAGGCGGUGAGCUUUUCGCUAAGGUUGCUAAAGGACGGUUCAGUGAAGAUCUUAGCCGUCGGUAUUUUCAGCAACUUAUUACAGCCGUCGGAUAUUGUCAUGACAGAGGUGUGUUUCAUCGUGAUUUGAAACCGGAGAAUCUUCUCCUCGACGAGAACUGGGAUUUGAAAAUUUCAGAUUUCGGUCUCAGCGCUCUAAGGGAUCAGAUCCCGCCGGACGGAUUGCUUCACACUUUAUGUGGUACUCCAGCUUACGUGGCACCGGAGAUCCUCGGUAAGAAAGGUUACGACGGUGCUAAGGUGGAUGUUUGGUCAUGCGGUGUCAUCUUAUAUGUGCUCAUCGCCGGUUAUUUACCGUUCAAUGAUACGAAUCUCAUGGUCUUGUAUCGGAAGAUUUAUAGAGGUCAGUUCAAAUUUCCGAGAUGGAUAUCUCCCGAUUUACGACGAUUUUUGUCUCGGCUACUCGACCCAAAUCCCGAGACUAGAAUUACCGUCGAUGAGAUUCUUCGGGACCCAUGGUUUAUUAAGGAUUACAAAGAGGCAAAGUUUCAUUUGGAGGAUUUUGAUUCCAAGGUGCAAGACAAUCACAAGCGUUUGAACGCUUUCGACAUAAUUUCAUUUUCGUCCGGCUUUGAUUUAUCUUGUUUGUUCAAUGACAACGAUAUCUCGGCCUGCAGUGAACGGUUCGUUUCAUCCAAAUCGCCUGCAAAGAUAAUAGAGAGAGUAGAAGAAGUUUUCAAGGGCGAAAACGUAAGAGUAACGAAAAAGAAAAAGUGGGGAGUGAAAUUGGAAGGAUUGAAUGGUUGUUUCGUGAUGGCUAUUGAUAUUUUUCCAUUAACAGAACAACUUGUUGUUGUAGAAGUGACAGGGAAGGAAGCAAAUGUAAAUCCAGGCCAUGAAAUUUGGAAAGAUAUACUAUGGCCACAGCUUGGUGGCUUGAUAUAUCAACCGGAGGCCACCUCCUUCGGUGACUGAUUAUCUGGCCGGAAAAUUGUCUUAGCUGUGAAUCUCUGUUCUGGAAUCUAAUAUGAUGUAUAUUUUUAAUUAUUUCAAUUAUUCCGUAUGACAUUCAAUAAUCUAGCAUUCAAAAAUCAAAAA